AUGGGUCUUCUCGACAAAAUAAAGGCCAGUCCCCGUCGUAGUCGACGCAGCGCAACACCCGCGACCGAACCACCGACCCCGCCCCGCUCCACAGGCCACGAUGCUACUAGCAAGCUACCACAUCCCGUUCUCGUCCGCAUCUUCAGCUAUGUGUGCCCUCAUACACUCGACUAUUCCUACGAUACCUCUGAAGAUUCUAUGAACGAUGGCUGUAUGCUAUGUGAUAUGCGCGACCUUGCCCACUGCACUUUGGUCUGCAGGCGAUGGUUCGCGGCGUCACAGGCGCUUCUGUAUAAGAACGUCCGAAUCGACCCGGUACACUAUUGCGAACGCGAAAUCACACUAGCUGCGAAACGAAAGCGCCGUUCCUUCUUCGAUCGCAACGGAGACCCAGUCGACGUGCCUCAACUUCGUCUUGAGCUAUUCAUGCGAAGCGUCCGUGAAUCGCACGACCUAGGCAAAAUAGUCCUAUCCCUCCGAAUGCCAUACAUGACCCGCGAAGCGAACAAAACCAACAUCGCCCGGACCAUCUCGGUGCUUCCCCAACUUCGCUAUGUCGAUCUCCCGACCGGGCUAUUCAGUGACGAAUCGUCAUGUACAACUCUCAAGCAAGAAUUAAUCGCAUCCUGUCCCGAUCUAAGACGAAUGAGCUACCGACGCGGCGCUGAAGGAAGCUUUGCGCGAUUACCCGAAGCACCACAAUGGGUGAAUUUAGAGAAAUUGGAGAUAACAGGUCUGCGGAUUGAAGAAUCAACGCUUCGAAAUGGGUUAGCUGCAUUCAGAAAUCUUCGAGAUCUGACAUUGGAAGAUCUCCCAUGGCUUGAGGACUCUGCUUUCGCAGCUAAUACCACUUGGCCUUUGUUUCCUCCUCUCGAGAAGCUCACCAUCCGAGAUACUCCGCAAUUAACAGCAACUGGACUCGUUUCGUUUCUAUCUCCGCAAAGGAACCGUCUAGCUUUACAAGAAUUAACAAUUUCAUCAACAGGCGUGCUUCCAUCAACGCUACAUCGGAUCCUAGCAGCCGCCCCAGGCCUGUCGCAUCUAUCCAUCAUCCAAGAGGUAUCGCGCUCUUUUCCUCAAGAACAGAUCGCGCCUAUGAAAUCGCAGUCCCUAAAACUUUUACACUACGAAAUCACAUCCGAAUCAGAUACACCGGGCUUACCUCCGGUCGCAAGUUCAUACUACACAUACCUCAUUUCAUCUCUGAUGUCUCAAUGUUUACCAAGACUCCGUGAUCUAUAUGUCCGCGACGCCCAAUUCCCAGAUACCCUGCUACUUACACCUCCACCACGGCUUUUCGGUGGCGGCGAGGAUGGUCCACAGUUGAGAGGUGGUCUUAUGCAGCCAUUGAAUGUGUAUAGUAAAGGUCUCGACGAGCUAGAGUGGAACUUUACUCCCUACGAGCCGAACCCUGCUCUUGGUCAGAGUGGUACAAGGACACGCCCGGUUAGCUUCCAGGAAGCGCAAUUGAGUCGGUCUUGGGGUGGUGAGGCGCGCAAGAGCGUGCUCGUUGGUAAUGGGUUCGGUGGGUAUCUUGCUGUGCCGGAGGAUGAUGAUCGGCCUAAGAGUAGUGGUGGAUCUAAACGAUCGAGUCGACAGGAUUUAUGGCGUUGA